GACAGCCCGGCGGGCACCCUCGCUGGGGGGAGGUGCCAGCCUUGUGCCCAUGGGGACACAGCCCCUCCCCACGUGCCAGCCCCCAGCCAGCUGGCACUGAGUCAAAGGUGCCGGCUGAUGGGUGCACGGGGGGCGGGGAGCGGCUGGCAAACAGCCCCCAACACAGACUUGCAGAGCGACUGGCAUGGAGCACUGCCAUUGUCAGAGAAAGAGAUGGAGACUGGCUGAGGAAGAGGAGGAGAAGUCACCGGAGGAAGAUCUCAACCCCGCUUUUGGUCCUGCCACCUGGACACAAAGAGUCUCUUCAUUUCUCAGGGCAGACUCCAUCCUUCACUUCACAUCCCGGUCCGGGACCAGAGGAAACUGGGAAAAGCCGGGAUUCCCUUUGGAAGGGAAAAUGUGAGAUUCCACCAGCUCCUUUCAGGGUAUCAGAUUUGGGAGACCUUCGAGUGCAUGUAAAUGAUUUAUAAAUGCAAUGGGACAAAGGCAAGCCACUUUGCAGUCAGUGGAAAUCUGGGAAUCUCCUGCAGGCUGAGGACAGUGGAAGGAUCCAAAGAGCAAAAAAGAUCCCAGCCAGAGAGGGGCCGUGAUGCCGUCGGGCAGCAUCGAGGUGGAGGUGAAGUUCACGGCCGGGCCGGGCACGGAGGCCAGGCUGGCAGCGCUGGGGGCGGCCCUGGCCGGGAGCUCGUCCUUCCGCGACCACUAUUACGACACCCCCGACCUGCGGCUCACACGGGCCGACCACUGGCUGCGGCUCCGCCAGGGGGCCGGCUGGGAGCUCAAGUGCCCCCCAGUGCCACGCAGAGGAGCCAGAGGGUCCAGCCACGUCCCAGAUGCCCCGUCCCCGGAGCCGCCAGCAGAGGGCGCCGGAGGCCCCAGCCACGUCCCGGGUGCCCUGUCCCCAGAGCCGCCAGCAGAGGGCGCUGGAGGCUCCAGCCACGUCCAGGAUGCCCCGUCCCCGGAGCCACCCACCGUGGCCACCACCUACCAGGAGCUGACGAGCCCCCACACCAUCGUGGGCCGGCUGUGCAGGGUGCUGGGCGUGGCCCCCGCGCCCGGCUGGGACCAGGUGUCCAGGGCCGUGGCUGGGCUGGGCCUGCACGAGUUUGCCAGCUUCGUGACCCGGCGCCGCAGCUACCGGCUGGGGGUCCUGCGGGUCGACCUGGACCAGGCGGAUUUUGGCUACACCGUGGCCGAGGUGGAGGCCGUGGUGGGGGCCCAGGAGGAGGUGCCGGCAGCACUGGAGGGGGUGAUGCAGCUUCAGCGGGCACUGGGGUGGGACGGUGCCACCCGCGUGCCCGGCAAGAUGAGCGUCUACCUCCAGCGGCAUCGCCCUCAGCACUACCAGGCGCUGCUCCGGGCGGGGGUGCUGGCCGGGGACCCCCAACCGCCCCCCCAUGACAACGCUUCUGGGCCUGACACGCCGGCGCAAUGUGGCCCCUCAAAAGGGAUGGGGCUGGCAGAGGUUGAAAUGGGGCACAGCGCCCCGUAGCACCGGGGAGAGGCAGCCCAGGGCCCCCUAGCGCCCGGGGGAGAGUGGGCACAGACCGGCCCCCUCUGCAGCCCAGCACCCCCCAUUGAAGGAUGCUAAGAUCACAGAACAGGCUCUCACCUCAGAGCUCUGGAGGCCACGCCCUAUGGGGCCAGCCCACAGCUGAGCAACUGAGGCAGGGUGGCUCCCAGGGCAAUUGGCCUCGGUCGCUAACUGUGGCAUGACCCGCACUCACAUGCCAGCAGGUGCCUGGCUUGGCCCCAGGCCCAAGGGUGGAAACCGAGGAAAGCUGCCCCUGGGGCACCUGCCCCUGUUUGAUCCCCCGAGGGGGAGAAUGUGGCCAGCUGGCCCCUGCCCCCCCGCUAAUACGUUCAGCUCAGUUACGCUAGGACUCAGGGGGGAGGGAAGCUGAGAUCUGGCAAAGAAAGGGAGCGGGGCUGGCAAAGAGCAGGGGGGCAUGCUGGGGCCCGGCUGCGAGCAAGGGGAUAGGACAGGCGGGGCCCCAGCAUGCGUCAGCUCCCUUGCGGGGGACCCUUGGCCUAAGCCGAGCAGGCAACGCUGCUGCACAGCACCCCCUAGUGAACGUUUAGACCAAGACACGUUCAGGGGCUCGGUUUUAUUGUCUAAACAUUCUGCCCCCAUGUGAGAGUCGCUCCGGCGGGAGCAGGGGGGGCAACGUCGCUCCGUUAUCGCCUCCGGAAACCUACAAAAGGAAGAGAAUAGGGGAGUGUGGAAACAGAGCGAGCAGACAAGUGACAGAUCAAGCCCCGACUCCCCUCCCAGAGCUGGGAGAAAACCCAGGCGUCCUGGCUCCCCCACGCUUCUGGACUAACCCAUUACAGCCCACUCUCCUUCCAGAGCCAGGACCCCGGUGACCGGGCUCCCAGCUAGGUCUAGAAACUCCUUGGGCUGCUGUUCACCUGUGGAACCUCCCGUCACUGGAUUUUGAGGGGCUCUAAAAAGGGGACUGGGGGUGGGGACUGAAGUUGGGACUGCUGGGCCAGAGGGGGCUGCCCUCACACUCACCCUUUUUCCUUCCUUUCUUUGCAUUUGUCUUCUUCCUCCUUUUCUUCGGGGGGCUCAGAUCCUGGGAGAGGAAUGGAAACAAUUAGCUGGGUGAGGCUCAGCCCCAGCUUGCUCCCCGUCCCCGCCCGUCACUCUGCGCUGCCUCACCUCUCCAGUGAGGGGUGCUGCCCCGGUCAGAGCGCUGAUGUCACCGAAGUGGGUCAGGGAGUGGAGCUGGGCCCCCAUCGCAGCCACCCGGCGCCGCCGGGCCUUGUCCUGCCGGCUCAAGUUCAGCCUCACCAGCAUGGCCUCCUCGUAGCUCCUCCUGCAAUGACCGGAACAGGGAGCCUGGAUCCGGCUCUAAUCACUAGACCCCACUCCCUUCUGCCCCUCAGAGCUAGGAUGGAAUCCAGGAGUCCUGGAUCCCAGCCCCUCACUCUGGCUCUAACCACUUACACUCCGUUCCCCUCCCCGAGCCAGGAUAGAACCCAGGAUAGAGUCCUGACUCCUAACCCCCAGCCCCACGCUUUAACCACUAGACCCUGUGUUGUAGUGGAGAUUUUCCCUUGUUAUGUUGUAUGUGACCCUAUGUGAGUCUUACUGUUUUGCAUAAAUGCUGUGUGUGCGCCUCAGUUUCCCUAUGUAUUGCACCAAUGUCUAGGUGGUGGGAAUAAGGGUGUGUGACUUUUGUGGGGACUGCUCCAGCUGCCUGCAGGGAUGCUAUGGCCGCCCCUUCAUAACCUGAGACCCAGGAGGGAGAUGUGACCAGGUGACUCUUGGCCCGGGAAGCGAGACAAAGGCUGGAGGAGGAGCAACGGGCAGGGCAGGGGUCAGGCAGCUGGAAGCGAGUCAAUCUCGGCUGGCUUGGGGCGCAGGGGGAGGACCAGAGCCCUGGUUCUGGGCUCCCCGACCCCCAAGAUGGGCUUGGCUGAAAGUCACUGAUUUCUGUGCUAACAAGCUGUGCCCUACGCUGUGUUCCUGUCGACGAAUAAACCUUCUGUUUUACGCUGGC